AUGACAUCCUACUUGCCAAACUGUAUUCCUAUAGUCCUGUCCUCAGUAGCCUAUGCAGCAAUCGACCUGAAAGAAUCUUACAUAGGAUGCUAUCGAAACAUCAGCUCAACAAAGACAGUUGCAUCAGUUGGCUCAGUGAAUGAAUGUUCACUGGAGUGCACAGAUGAACGUAACAAUAUGAUCGCUUUGAAGAGUGGAAAAGAAUGCAACUGCAUUGAAAAGUUAGAUUCAGCAGUGGCUUCAUCCCAGUGUAAUGUUCCUUGCGACAAUAAAGAUGCUUGUGGUGGAAAGGAUUCAUAUUCCGUUUAUAAAAGCAAGCCACGAGUGAUGCACGACACUUAUUUAAGCGUGAAUGAUCGUCAACCUGAGAAUAUCAUGAUGAACUUACCAGCUUCUUUCAAUCUCGAAAUGUGCGCACAUUUUUGCUUUGAAACGAAUCAUACAUUCUUUCAAACAAUCAAAAGUGGUAGGUGCAGUUGUUUCCAAAAGCAUCAAAUAUCUCUAGGUUACGUGCAAGAACAGAUAUGUGAAAAAUGCAAACAUGAAUUGAACGAAGUUUGCGAGAGUUAUCAUAAAAAUCACCAAAACAAGACCACAAUAUUUUCAGCACGCUCCCAAUACGAUUUCCAACGAGGAGUAUCAACUUAUUCUCACUGCAGAAACAGAAACAACGGAAGUUACGAAAUAACAGCAAACUGUCCCGAUGGAUGCGAUCCGGGAUGGAGAGGUGAUUCAUGCAGAGAAAGAGAUUGCUCUUCAGGUGGAGGAGAUUGUCCCGUUGGAAUGGAAUGUAUUGAGUCCACGGUGAAUGGUAAUAAGUACGUUGAAUGCGUCUGUCCCUCUGGUAAGGUCAGAAACAAGUGGUACCAAUGUGAGGUUUUCAGGAUGAAUAUAGCUCUUCAUAAACCUCCGUAUUACAGUUCGCUGUGGCCUUCAGAAACAGUCGACGGUAUGUAUUCAAAGAACCAAGUACACCUAACUGACGGCAUACACAAUGGAUAUUUUAUAUCGCACAUCAAUGAUGUUAUGCCAGCUUGGAUGGCUGUCGACCUACUCAAUUUAUACUGCGUUGGUUUCAUUAGAGCCUAUAACAGAUUUACAGCACAGUCACAUAUUUCAAAUCGUAUGAACAAGUUUGUCGUUAGACUCAACGAAACAUUAGACACAACUUCCAAAAACGACAUAAGAAACCAAACUAACUUGUGCGGAUAUGGACCAGAAAAAGCAAUACAAAGUGGAAACCCCAUGGUUGUCUUCUGUGAAGACUUCACCAUCUUUUCACAAUUCGUCAUCAUCCAACAAUCGGAUGAAAGACUGCAUGAAGGUGUUACCGCACUCGCAGAGUUAGAAGUGUUUGAAGUCGGAUGCGAUCUUUUCAACGGAAGAUGCGAAAAUGAAACCUGUGAGGAAGUGAAAAACGAAAAUAGAAUUGCCAUUUCCUGUGUUGACGAUUAUGUGUUGACGGUCAUUUCCACCACUAUUGCAAAUACAAACUUUUCUGCAUAUAUGAAUUCUACCGCCUCCACUAUUGCAAAUACAAACUUUUCUGCAUAUAUGAAUUCUACCGCCUCCACUAUUGCAAAUACAAACUUUUCAGAAUAUAUGAAUUCUACCGCCUCCAGUGAAACGAAUUUAAGUGGUUUGGAGUUUCUAUUGCUUUUGUUGGUUUUGCCAGCUAUUUUUGCAAUUUGGUUUUUCAGAAAAAAGAAAAUGGAAGCUGACAAUGCAAAUGAAUUAUCACCGAAACCUUCCGGCGAAGAUUUGGAAUCUGAUUUGGAAUCUGAUUUGGAAUCAGAAACUGAUUAA